AUGACUGAGACUGCGAAGAUCGAUCACGAGAUGACCGAGCACAAUGGCAUGGGAAUUUCAGGCAGCGGUUCGCCAUUGAGCCGCCAGGUCACUGUAGCUCUGUCUCCCGAGCAGUAUGAGCGUCUCUUCUUCCAGCCGUCUGCCCCGCGCCGUGGAGAUCUCGCAAAACGGUUUGCCAAUCCAACAUUGCUGGGUCUCAUCGGUUUUUUGGUGCCAUAUACUUCGACCAUCCUGAUCCUCUGCGGCUUCCAGGGAGCCGUCGCUCCGCAGAGCUUGGUCGGCCUCAGUGCCGACUACUACUUCUUCGGCGCCUUGGCCAUGAAUGUCGCUGGUAUUGCCGAGUUUGUCCUUGGUAACACGUUCCCUAUGGCGGUUUUCCUCAUUUACGGUAGCCAUUGGGGUAGUCUGGCGUAUCAGCAAGAUCCUAUACACCAGACUACCUCUGCAUUCGCCGAACUAGGAGGCGCAAAUGGCGCAGCCUACAACUCAUCUCAAGGCUUCCACAACGUCUCAAUGGUACUCGCUAGUUUUGUCUUCUUGAUCGGCACGCUUCGUGUCAACCUCUUCUUCACCGCCACAUUCUUUGGUCUCGUCAUGCUCUUCGCCUUCAUCGCUGCCGCAGACUUCUCUGUCGCAUCUGCCACCACGGAAGCCGAUCUUGAACACAUCAACACCUUGCUACGUUGCGCGGGAGGGUUUGGCUUUUUAGGCCUGAUAUCUGGCUGGUACCUUGCAAUUCUUACCGCUUGCGAAGCCGUUGGGAUCCCAUGCCCGCUGCCCGUGUUCGAUUUGAGCAGCAAAGUCUUUCCAAAGAAGUCCAUGGACGGCCAAGGCAGCUAA